GCUCCCUCCGUCCCCGUCUCCGUCUCCGUCUCCCUGGUUCCCGGGGGCUGUUUCCCGGCUCAGAGCGCAGCCGACCCCCGCGACCGGCGUCCCCCGGCGUCAGGGGGUCUCCCCGGAGCGCCCCGCACCCGCAGGGUUUGUCGGAAACCGAACAGUGUAUACAGAACCGUGUAACUAGCACACACUGGAUUUGCUGCUUCCAAAUGCCUUCGCCGUCAUGCUUUGAUCCCAGAAAUUCUGAAGAUCAAGUCUCAAAACGCUGCUAAGUUGGCUGUGGGCGUCCCCAUGGGGGACCCGGGCCCCCGCCGCGCGACGCUGGUGUCCCGCCUGCCCAUCUUCCGGAGGAGCCUCAGCCGCCACGCGACGCUGCCCUCGUGGCCCUCGCCGGGGCCCGGCUCGUCCCCGUCCAGCAGCACCAACUCCAGCUCGGGCAGCAGCGGGAAGCGCCGCAGCAUCUUCCGGACGCCCAGCAUCAGCUUCCGCGCCAAGAAGGAUGCUGCGGGCCUGGGUACCACGGGCGGCGGCAGCGCGCCCGCGCGGCCGGGCUGGGACGACGGGGCGGCCAAGGGCCAGGGCCGGGCGCGGGCGGGCGCGGGGGGCGGCUCCCGGGGGUCCCGGCGGCUGCCCCGCUCGCUGACCGAGGAGCUGGGCCGGGCCCGGGACGCCCCGGGGGGCAGCAAGAGCGUCUUCAUGAACUGCCUGGGCGCCGCGGGCCCCAGCGAGGGCGACGACUCGGGCUUCGCCGAGGAGCGCGCGCAGCGGCCGGCGCGCGCGUCCAGCACCAAGAAGCUGCUCAGCAAGUCCUUCUCGUCGCACUGUCGCCUGUCCAGGCCGGCCCCGCCGCCCGCGCGGCCCCCGCCCGACGCGCCCGCGCCCCCCGACAGCUGCCCGCUGCCCCCCGCCGCCGCGCGCUCCCCGCUGCCCUCCGCCGACCUCACCACGGCGCCCACGCCCUCGGACUUCCUCACGCCCAGCGAGGGCUCGCUGUCCGACGCCGAGGCGCCGGCCUCCCCCCCCGGGGACCCCCCGCACGACCGUCCUACCUCGCCUGGACCCAGCCGGCCCGACAGCCCCGACGGCGCGGACCCCCGGCCCUGCGCCCCGGCCGCCGCUGUCCACGCCGAGGACGUGUCCCCGCACCCCGCCCAGCCCGCCGCUGCUGCUGCUGCCCACGCCCACGCCCAGGGCCCGGAGCACCCCCCGCCCGCAGACGCGCACGCAGCCCCCGGGGGCGCCCAGGGCACCCCCAGGAAGCCCGGCCUGUCCGAGGCGCAGCGAGCCGGCGCCGACCACCCCCGCGGCAGAGGGAGCCACCCCGUGUCGGAGUCCAGGACCAUCCCCCCCGCCCGGGACCCUCCUCCGUGCCACAGAGCCGCGUGUGGGUACGACCCGAACCCCGCCAAAGUUCUCGCCAGCAGCCUCAGCCCCUGCCGGGAGGGCCGGUUCGUGGAGCGGCGCCUGCGGUCCUCGUCGGAGGGCACGGCGGGCAGCGGCAGGCCGGGCUGCAGGCCCCGCGAGGCCGGCGCCGGGGAGGACCCCGGGCUGCGGAAGCAGAGGGCGGACUCGGCGGGCUCGGCUGCGUCCCAGAUGAACAGCCUGGAUGUUUUGAAUAAUUUGGGAUCUUGUGAACUGGAUGAAGAUGAUCUAAUGCUUGAUCUGGAAUUUUUAGAGGACCAGAAUCUUUAUCCUCCCGUUUGCCGGGAGGAUUCCUACCAUUCUGUGGCCUCAUGCGCGGGGGUCGUUCUUGCUCCUGUGGAGCCCACGGGAGAGAUGAAGAAAAGAGAAGAACUCAAGCCCCCUGAGCCUUCCAGACAGAACCUGUCACUGAAGCUGACCAGAGAUGCCGACCAGGAAGCCAGGUGCGCCCAUGCUGGCCACGUGCCCGGGAGCCCGGCCCCGGACCGUGCCGUCGGGGGCCCGGAGGAGAGCGGCGGCCUGGACUCGCUGCCCUUCAGGCUGAUGCUGCAGGACUGCACGGCCGUCAAGACGCUGCUGUUGAAGAUGAGGAGAGUGCUGCAGGAGAGCGCGGAGCUGAGCCCGGCACGGAGCGCCUCGUCCCUGCCCGUGAGCCCCCUCGCCGAGGAGCCGUUGCCUUUCCAGGACAUGAUGAAAGAUGAAUGUUCCGUGCUGAAGCUGCAGCUGAAAGAGAGGGACGAGCUCAUUUGCCAACUUCAGGAAGAGCUGGAAAAAGUCCAGCAUUUACAGAAGGCUUUUGCUUCAAGAGUAGAUAAAUCCACUCAGACUGAAGUUCUAGGCUAUGAUGGUUUGAAUCUGAAAAGACUGGACUCCGUACAAGGAGGGAGAGAGGCUACCUAUCGAAGCCGAAUUGCGAGCCAAAGCCUCAGCUCAAGGGACAGAAAGGCAACGCUUACUCCUACAGAGGACCGCUGUAGGCACGCGGCUGCUGACCAGGGGGGCCCCCUGCCCCCCAGGGCCUGGCCACUACCCGGCGUCUGUCUCAGCGGUGUCUUGAAGGACAAGGAGCUGGUGGACGUCCUCAAGCACCCGCGAGGGGCUCCUGAGACCCCGGGCAUCACCCAGAACUCCUGGACCACUGGGCCACGCAACGCCCUCAAGUCCACGGCGAAGGCAGAGGAGUUCUCCCUGUUCCCAGAGAAGCCAAAGGACCACGCCACUGUUGCUGGACAGCCCUCCCCGUUCACCGGCAGGUUCGGCCAGCCGCCCCGGGGGCCCAUCUCCCUGCACAUGUACAGCAGGAAAAACGUCUUCCUCAACCACAGUGUACACACCGCCGAGCUGCAGGCCCUGGGCCAGCAGGACGGGUGAUGGGUCCCUCGGGCCAGGAUGAAGCCGGUCUGUGUCAUGUGCAUCCUCACACGUUAAAGGGUCAUGUUUCUUCUCCUUAUUUUUCUAUUUGUAGUUGCGGACAAAGAAGUGGAUACCUUUAUUUUAGAAUGAGGGUUCAAGCAUGUAAAGGGAGUUAGAUCGAAUUGCCUUGGAUAUUUUAUUAUAUAUACACGCCUACAUCUCUAUACUAAAAAUGGAGCCAUCUUGCUGGUUUAUAUAGUCCAUAGUUUAUUUACUUUCUACAAUUUUCAGUCACACAUGUGCAUUGGAAUCGCAUUCGUUAUCAAAUAGCACUCUGUUUGCUUCAUGGUAUUCCCGUGGAAAUAGAUGUGAGGGGUAGCAGACGAAGGGAUUGUAAAGAAUUUUAAAUUGCAUAGUUAAUAGGGGGAGAGGAUGGAUUGAAUAUCUUAUAUUCGGUUGUAUAUUCAUUUGGAGGAUGAGUUUGUUUGAAUGUGAACAAGAGAGAAAUUUCUCUCUCUUUUACAUAUAGCCAAGCGUAUCCUGUCAUACUCUUGAAAGAGAAAUGGCUGUCUUUCAUCCUCUAAUUUCCAGUUCACACUAGUUCACAAGGGAUUUCAGACUGAGUAAUUGCUAGCCAAAUACAGAAUGACAAUGUGAUCUUUGAAGAAUUUUACUUUCGUUUUUCUGGAAUUGGUAUUGAAGUACCAGGAUGUUGACAAUGGGGUCAUAAUGUUAGUUUAAUUUUGUCAAACCAUCCAAGGGAAAUAACAUAUUUCUCUCUUUAAGUCAUGGCCAUGGUAUUAUCAGCAUACUGCUAAAAAUGGGCAGAUAGGAUAUUCUGAGAAAAAUCUUCUUUUCUUUUCUUUUAAAAACACUUACUUUUAAGUCUACGUCCAACUUCACUUUAAAUACAUCAACCCACACCCAUAGAUGAUGAAUAGAGGAACAGAAUGUCGAUUUCUUGGUAUCCCAGUACAUAAUAUAUCAAUGAUUCUGUAACCAAGAUUUAGAGGAAGCAAUAUCAUAUAUGUGAUAUUGUCCAUAUGAUUUUAGCAGUAAAUCGCUAAUAGAAGUAUUGAAAACUCAUUUGAUGGAAAUACUUGUCUUUAACAAAUAUGGUCCAACAUAUUUUAUGGCAAAAUGUACAUGAGAUAGAACAAUAGAUAUAAGUUAAAAUGUCUUUAUUAAUAAUGGAGCUGUACACUGUGAUAAGAAAAAAAAUAAGAACAGUAAAAUCAGGCCUAUGGUAUUCUGAUGAAAAGGCAAAAAGUAGUAACUUUAUCCACAGUGGAUAUAGUCCAUGCAAAUUGAAAUUGUCAUCCUUGCUGUAACAUCUGUUUCCCUUGCCUUCUCCACUAAAUAGAACCCGUCUGCAAGUGCAAAUAAAAUGAAUAAAGGGAAAUGGAGAGGGCAGCUUUGGCGUGGCAUCUGACUGACCUCCUUCAGUCAAAGCUAUGUACAGAUGCACCUCCUGAUACAGCAACAUUCUUAGCUCUGUGAUUUGAGAAAAAGCCACCAGAGUACCCCCACCCGAACCCUUAGCUUUACCUCUUAAAAUGGACAAAUUUCAAACUUUGAUUAGAAUUGAUAAAGAGUCUAAUGAACUGGUAAUUUUGUUUUUCCAAAGGAAGCUCCAUGUGCAUUAAGAUGGAUGUCAAAUGUCUCCUUUCUUUAUAUAUUUGUAAUUUUGCCAAAAGAGAACAAUACAUGCUGAAAUUUGCAGGGCUUAAUGACACUGCUGUCCCGGGUUCCCACGAUCCUUUGGGAGCUAUAAUAUUCAUGCUGAUAUACAUUAUGUACUGGGAAAUAAUUAAGAAAUCAUAAAAAUAGAAAAGUCACCAUUACUAAUUGUGAAAUUCAGCUUGAUUUGUCCUGAAGGUUGGUAUGUGUGGCUAGAGUACUUGAACUCUGUAAAUAAAUUAGCAUGAGAAUAUUAUCAAGGUUUUUCCCAGGAUAAGGAAAAGCUAUGUAUCACAAAGAAUGUUUUCGAUUUGGGCUUUGGAGUUUAUAGUUUUGUUUUCCUGAUAGGCUUUUGAAUUAUACUUUGUAAAAAAAUAAUCUAUUUAAGAAAAUCUUUCAAUUAAUAGACAUUUUAAGAGACAUUUUGAACAGUGGUAUUUUCUUGAGAAACCUUUUUUAAAGCUGAAACAUUCAAAAUGAAAACCUGGAUUAAACAGUUCAAUUUUAAAAGGAGGAGUAUUUUUUGGAAAUAUCAUCUUGAAACUGUUUUAUAUCAGUAUUUUAAACAUUGUUAUAAUAUUAUUUAUAAUACUAAGUGUAACUCAGGCCCGGAGAAAGUGUAAACCCACUCUGUUAAUGUUUAUCAAUAACUGUAAAACAGGGGUUCUUUGGAAGCACCUCUUGUGUAUUUAUAAUAACUAAUAACAAUGGCCUAUGGGCAUUCUUUCAGUGAAUUGAUUCCUUUGUACUAAAAUCUCUAGUUUUCUAAGACAGUUCCACAUAUAAAAGAAUGAUUUAUACAUUUCUCCAAGGCAGUACAUAUCCAAAGACAUAACACCGGGGGGAAAAGUGCUGGUUUUUCCGACGGAAACAGUGGUGUUUUUCUUUGUCUUUAUUCCGUGCAUGUAUUAUGUGUAGCUAAGCCUAAGUAACUCUGUAAAAAAGUUUCCGUUGCAAAUUUUCUCUUCUGAAUUUUCCACAUGUUUUAAAGGACACUCACGAAGGAAACUCUGUUUCUACCUGAAAUAAACUGUUCCCAAUUUUGUAACUAUUGGAACAGGUAACUGCAUUUCUAUGAACUCAAUAAUUUUUUUCAACUAAUUUUAUACGCUACCAGAGUCACAGGGAAACUCUGAAUUAUCUCACAAACUAUUUUUUUGCUUCUUUGUAGCCCCUUAGACUUCCUGCAACUGCCAUCAGAAACUGUAGCUGAAAUGCAAAGGUCUGGAUUUGCUGGUAUAAAUACACUCAGGGUAAGAACCUAGAGUCACACACCACCCAGUUAUUUUUGUUCCUUUUUGAUGGAUACACAAAUACAAAAGCAAACCUAUAAUCACUAGUAGGUUAGCAUUCCAAUACUUACCUAUCAAAAUAAUUUAAGUAUUGUCAUGAUCAAUCCUAGUCUAUGACUUAAGAAACAUACAUGUCGACUUGUAUUUCCAGCGUUAUUAUUUUAUGCGUCACUAAACUUUUAAAAAUCACUUAAUUCUAAACAAAUUUCUCACUUUUUCUAUAGAUAAACACAUACAUUCUUUCUAACAAAGAGUAAGCCUUCCCCAAAGUGAGCUAAGAAUUUUUUUAAUCGGGGACAGAGUGGUACAGCCCGUAGGACACUUGCUUGCACACGGCCCGCUUGGGUUUGAUCCCUGGAACCACAUAUGAUCCCUGCAGCUCACCAGGAGUGAUCCUGAGAAUCACUUGAUGUAGUCCAACCUCCUCCAUCAAAAGAAUUUUUUGAAUCUUAAAAAAAACUUUAAAUCUUGUAUUUAAAUCCCAUAUCCCCAAGAUAAAUGAUCACAGUCCAAUAGUCUCCCAGAAACCUUCUAAGCAAAUUAUCCACGAAAAAUUAAAAGCAACUUAUUGGAUAAUGAGUAUUAUUUCUCCACAGUCACUAUUUAUUUUCUUAUUGUCAAUAAGCCCUACCUAAGAUAUUACAGGGAUAAUUUUAAAUACUGGUUCAAUCUUAAAUAUGAUAAAUAUAAUUUAAACUUUUGACCCACAUUUUCGUAUUGACUCUUAUGUCAUUCUCUCUGAAGUAGGAAAUACUUUAAAAUUGGCCUUAGAACUCUCUUACGAUAUCUGUAAAUCAACGUGAGAAAAUAAAGGAGGUCACUGUAGACCACCACUUCCAAUCAUGUAUGGACAGCAUUGCCCAUGAGCAAAAACAUAUUCACCCAUGAUGUAUCUGUCUAAAUUAGCAAUGACUCAUAUUCAUCCUACCAAGAUUGCAACACGUUAUGGAAUUUGGCUCUACUUGAAAUUAUUGUCAGGUCUUUGAGGCACUGUAAUUUGGGUGUUUUUAUUCAAGAAAUAGUUCAAUCUCACAUAUAUUCCUUGGCAACUUAUUCCGCCUAAAAUUAAACUCUUUGUUUCAUUAAUUUCCCCAUGUACUGUAUCAUGCCAUCUCUAGCACAUAUUCAAGUAUAUGACAGAAAUGAUAGAACAUAAAAAUUAGUUGGGAUGUAACUAUUUUAAAGCACUAUAGUGAAAAAGCAAAUUGCCAACUAUCAACCACACUCAUUAACAAACUUCUUUAACAAUAUACUUGAAUAUUACCAAGAUUUAAUUUUUUAAGUCUUAAUGUUUUUUUUAUUUUACCAGUUGUGGGAACCACAACCAUACUCAUAAGCUGCUUGCAAUCAUCUUUUGAUUGCCAAGGCACCUCUGUAGUUCCAAAGAGUGCAACUGAAAAAUUAAAAAAAUCAAUUACAUACCUUUCCAACUGUUUUACCUCUAAAAGAGAACUUAAGAAGUCCACACUAUCUAUAACCUGAAUUUCAACAGAAAUUGUUGUACAAUAAAACUAUUAAUCACCAAGGCUUUCUUCACUAGAAAUGUAAUGUAGAAUGUGGCAUCAAAAAAUACAGAAUCUUGAGAAGAAAGCAUUUAUUAUUCAAGAUGAUCUCAUAUCCUUGCAAACAAUUGGUAAUAAUGUUCAGAAAUAAUUUAUGUAUUUUUAAGAUGGUCAAUAAUGUGUCUGAUAAAUUAAAGCACACAUUAAAUGAACCCACAUUUGAUGAAAUAAUUGAUAAAUUAUUUCUUCCAUUUAUUGAAGAUAUUGAUGUGAAGGAAUUUUAUAUAUUUUGUUGCCUUAUACCCAGUUUUAGAAUAACUUUUACAAAAUUAUCAUAAUUUUUACAAAAUUAUCAUACAUUUAGCUAAGUCAAAAUAAAGCUUACAGUUUAUUUGGAAUUUCCUAAAUAUUUAGAAUCAGUUAAAAUUAAAUGGGAAAUACAAUUAAUUUCUCAUAAGAUUUAAAAGAAAAUACUACCUGCUUUUUAGUUAUUCAUAUAUAUACCUAAAAAACAUCUGAUGACAUAUAAUACUACAAUGGUUUAUUUCUUCCAAACUUUUGUCUUCUAAACUCAAAGAAACUUUGAAUAUUUUGCUCAAUCUUAUUGUUAGGGAAGAAAUUAUUUCAUGUAUUCUAUUAUAUAUGGAUUUUGUGUUAUCAACACUUCAGGUAAUGUUUUUCAUUCUCCAAAACUAAAACUUAUAAAGAGAAAAAAUUGAAAAUUUCCCUGAAAAAAUGCAAUUUUAUUAAUAUGAAUGCAUAAUAUGAUUUCUUUGUGACUCUUGAUUUCUCAAGAAGGGCAGUGAUUCAAUUUAAUGGGAAUUUUAUCAUUUGACUGAAUAUUCUGAGAGAAGCUCAAUAGACUUAAGCAUGGCUAUUAGAAAAAUAUGCAUAUUUCUUUGCGAAUAAAUUUUACA